AUGGAAAUUUAUAAAAAUUGUCCAUUAAAAAAACGUCCUGUAAUUUUUAAUGAAAUAAACCGAGAACAACCUGAAGAUUUAUCAAUGAAAAGGACAUUUAAUAAUAAUAAUAUUGAAUUGAUUUCAAAGGAUAUUAAAAGACAUUUUGAUUUAUCAUCAAAUUCAUAUUAUGAUUGUUUAAGGAAAACAAAUGAUUUUCGAUUUUGGUAUAAAACAUUAAAUAAUAAUAAUUUAAAUAAUUAUAAUCAAUUAGAUCCUAAUGAUGUACAAAUAAUAUCAGCUUUCAAAACAUAUCACAAUUCAAUUAAUAAUGAACAGUAUGAAAUUUUAUCAAAUAAUCAAAUACAUUUAUGUGAUUUUUUUACAUAUAAUUUAACACCACCAUCAAGUCCAGUAUCAUCAAUUGAUAUAUCAUCAUCAGAACCAGAAGAUUUAUCAAUACGUAAUGUAGAAUUUACAAUUGAAUCACUUUUAUAUUCAUCAAAAAAGAAUCAUAAUCGGAACAAUAAAUUAUUAAAAUCAUCUAUAAAAUUAGAAAAUUCACAACAACAACAAUUUAUAAAUAGAUUUCAAUGUGAUAAAUGCCGAAAAUCAUAUUCAACAAAUACUGGUCUAUCAAAACAUCAACAAUUACAUUGUCCGGCAGCUGAAUGUAAUAAAAUUAAAAAAGAAUUUGGUUGUAAAAGUUGUAAUAAAAUUUAUACAUCAUUAGGUGCACUUAAAAUGCAUAUUAGAACACAUACAUUACCAUGUAAAUGUCCACAUUGUGGUAAAGCAUUUUCAAGACCAUGGUUAUUACAAGGUCAUAUUCGAACGCAUACCGGUGAAAAACCAUUUUCAUGUAAUCAUUGUCAAAGAGCAUUCGCUGAUCGUUCUAAUUUAAGAGCUCAUCAACAGACACAUGUUGAAAUUAAAAAAUAUAUUUGUGAAAAUUGUUCAAAAUCAUUUUCUCGUAUGUCACUUUUAACAAAACAUAUAUCGGGUGGUUGUGUUAUGCAAAUACAAAAUUAUAUUUAA